CCGCCAGCAGCCUCCUCCUCCUCCUCCUCCUCCUCCUCCUCCUCCUCGUCCUCCCUCCACAUCUAAGGAGAAAAAAAAACAAACCCUGAGCCAAACAACAAACGCGUUAAUGCGAUGAACCGGGAAUUCACUGACCAUGGCUAACCUGCGGAUCUCGUUAGUCGUGCUGGUCCAGGCCGUGCUGUACCGAGCCAGCCGCGCACUGUGGUGUAACUGCACCACUGCCCAGUGUGAGAAGACCGGCUCCCAGUGCGAGACCGAUGGAGCCUGCAUGGCCUCCACUUCCUUCAUUGAUGGCCAGGAGCAGCACAUCCGUAUCUGCAUCACGCGGGACAAUCUUGUGCCCCCUGGACAACCGUUCUACUGCCGCAGUGCAGAGGGCCUGCUCAACAUCCACUGCUGCUACACCGACUACUGCAACAGCAUCGACCUCCAAGUACCCUCAGUUACGACUCAGUCAGGACUUGGGGGAGGUUACGGACCAGGUGGGACGUGGGGGCUGGUGGAGCUGGUCGCUGUGAUUGCUGGGCCGCUGUUCCUGCUGUGUCUGCUGCUGCUGGUGGGCGUGUUCCUGUAUCAGUACCACCAGAGGGCUUACAGCCACAGGCAGAGGCUGGAGGUGGAGGACCCCUCCUGUGACCACCUCUAUCUGGCCAAAGACAGGACCCUGCAGGACCUCAUAUACGAUCUAUCCACGUCUGGUUCAGGCUCUGGCCUGCCUCUGUUUGUCCAGCGGACCGUAGCCAGAACAAUUGUCCUCCAGGAGAUCAUUGGCAAAGGGCGCUUCGGGGAGGUGUGGCGAGGACGAUGGAGGGGCGGUGACGUGGCAGUGAAGAUCUUCUCAUCUAGAGAGGAGCGCUCCUGGUUCCGCGAGGCUGAAAUCUAUCAGACCAUCAUGCUCCGUCAUGAAAACAUCCUGGGCUUUAUAGCUGCUGACAACAAAGACAAUGGCACAUGGACCCAGCUGUGGUUGGUGUCGGACUACCACGAGCAUGGCUCUCUGUUCGACUACCUGAACCGCUACUCUGUCACUACUGAAGGAAUGAUCAAGCUCGCGCUGUCAGCUGCAAGCGGCCUCGCACAUCUGCACAUGGAGAUUCUGGGAACACAAGGAAAACCAGGCAUUGCCCACAGAGACCUGAAGUCUAAGAAUAUCCUCGUGAAGAAGAACUGCACAUGUGCCAUCGCUGACCUGGGCUUGGCCGUCCGUCACGACUCUGCCACAGACACCAUCGACAUCGCGCCCAAUCAAAGGGUGGGCACCAAAAGGUACAUGGCUCCAGAGGUUCUGGAUGAGACUAUCAACAUGAGACACUUUGACUCAUUCAAAUGUGCUGAUAUCUACGCUUUGGGGCUGGUCUACUGGGAGAUCGCACGCCGCUGCAAUAGUGGAGGUAUCCAUGAAGAGUACCAGCUGCCCUACUACGACCUGGUACCUUCUGACCCGUCCAUAGAGGAGAUGAGGAAGCUGGUGUGUGACCAAAAACUACGACCCAACAUCCCAAAUUGGUGGCAGAGCUACGAGGCCUUGCGUGUUAUGGGAAAAAUCAUGAGGGAGUGUUGGUAUGCGAACGGAGCUGCCCGCUUGACGGCCCUGCGCAUAAAAAAGACCCUGUCCCAGCUCAGCAUUCAAGAGGAUCUUAAAGUCUGAACUAAGUUAGCCGAGCACUGAGGAAGAGCAUCGAGCAGGACCCCCCGAGUACAAGACUGGGCCUUGUACAAAGAACGCACAACGUAAGAGAAAACGAUGGAGAGUCGCACUUUGUAAAAUAUUACUCCAUUGACACUCCUGCCAGUUUUGAAGCCACUUGAUUUCUGACAAACCCUACCUCGCUUACCCAGCCAAACUACCAAGAACACCUUUCCUGUCUUGUCCUCAGCUACUGCUGCCCUUCCUGAACCUUUUCGUUCCCGUCUACACUUCGUACUAACAAGGAUCCUUGGGAUUCCCUGUGUUUAACUUGUAUGCAAUCGAUAAUAAGACCAUGUAAUUUAACCAGUUAACAUUUUGCUGAUCUUUCCACAAAAGUCUCUUUGAUCACAGUUACUUAAUAGCAUUCACACUUUUUUGUCUUCGAACAGGGGGCAAGCUGGGAGGGUUAGGAAUGUUUUUAUCUUAUGUUUUUUAAUUAUUCUGUUAUUUAAAUGAUUAGAUCUUGUUGUUUAUUAUAUAUAUACAUAUAUAUAUGGGUGUUUGUGAGGUUAUUUCUCUACGCCACCUACAGGCACAUCGUACACUGCUUAGAAAUCCUUCAAUGAGAAUAAUCCACCUGGUUCUGCUACAACUGUGUGCUUUAGUUGUCUGCUGAUUACCGUGUUGGCAUGUACAAAGCAGUUGAGACAGAUAAGUUAAACGCAGGCCUUUGACUUUCUAACACUUCAAAGUCACUGAAGCAUUAGGGCAGCAAACAUGAUUUAGCCUUUGGACCACUUGCCUAGGAGCCCUUCCCAUAAGCUGUUGUAUAAACCUCAGGUUUUCCUUAUGCUUACCAAUCAAGAUUUCUUUGUGUGUGUGUGUGUGUGUCUGAACAAUCAGAACCAUCUUAAGGAAAAAUACACAUUUAGGAAUUAAUACACAGAUUCACUAAGGCGGAGGGUUAGUGUAGAGUGUUGUCGAGCAACAGCUGCCAGUGACUUGAUACUGUACGUUACAAAAAAACAAAACACGUGUACCUCCAUGCUACGUGUAGUAUAUUUAAACAGUAGUAUUCCAGACCACAGACCAUAACCUGCCAUGAGAGUGAACGUUGCUCCAGUCCCUCAGAUAAGCUGGUGUACUACACAACAUUCAGAUAAACCUUCGUCCCUGUCGCAGCAGCCAGGACUAUUUACUGUGCGCUGUACCUUUUUAGAUAUCCGACACGGGGGCAGAGAUUUUAAAAGCAUUAGGCAUCUGGAUGAUAGUUUGUUUUUAUGUUUUAUAUUGUUGCAGCAUGUCCAAUGUUCUCCACCCCCUCCCCUCCUCAGGGCAUAUGCCUCCCUGGCCAAGUAUGACUACUACACGUAAAUCAGCUUUUUAAGACGAUAAUUGUGUAUAUAUAAUUAGAUUUUAUGUUGAUACGUAGGACAUGUUUUUGAUGGUUGAAUCUUUUAUACUGGCUUUUUUUGGUUCUGUUCCAAUCUACUCUCUGACCUCAUGUCAGACACGUAUAUGCUUAUACUGACUCUCUCAGUGUUUUGAUUUUUAAUCGAUGUUUCCCCUCAUGGCUCCGUUUGUUCACCAUACAAUACCUCCUCAACGUGCAAAAUGAUCUGUGGAUCGUUUCCUUCUAGCUAACAUCGUCACAAAUCACUGUCUUCGUUUUUGUUUUUCAGGAAAUAGUUGCACUUUUUUUUUUUGUUUCUUUUUAGUGGAUUCAACAGGUACUGUUUGUGUGUCUUUCCCAUGUUAUUUAUAUUUGUAUGCCGUGAGUCCCUAUGAAAGGCCACUAUGUGCACUACUACUGACCUCGCAGCAUUCAAACCAAAUUGUUCUCAGAAUCAUCUCCGGUCAUGGCCUCUCGUGUUUAUUUAAGAUCCCACCACUGAAAAUGAGAAUGUUUCUAUUCAUGCCAAUCAUCUGCUGUACACUCCGUCUGACUGGAAGCUGUAAAGAGAAUCUGAAUACUACUGAAAUGUCUCUACGCUGUCUGUGACUAAUACUUCUGAUUUUAAACUUACUUGCUCACUGCACUGUAUUCUUUAAGUCUUACUGGAUGUUUGUAAGGAACAGUAGAUUGCACUUGAUGCUGUUGUUUUGCGCUGGAAAGACCGGGGAGCUCUGCUGUUUGAUGGGCGGUUGAGUGUCAACCAUAUUUAUACAUUAAAGAGGUAUGUUUGUCAAAUUGUAUCUGCCUUACAAUGUACAAAAUGCAUAGUGUGUUUUAAGGUUUUUAAUACCUUGCUCCACGGUUAUGAGUCAAAGAAAUUAUUAGGUAUUAUUCUACAAGUUUGUGACAACUCCCGGGUCUCUGUCCAGUCAAGAGACACAACUGCAUCCAUGUAUAAACCCCUUCAGGACUUCAGUCAUGUACCUUCUAAUAUAGAGUAAUAAAUCCAACUGUUUUCCUA